GGCAAAGCCCAUCCAUGUGCUAUCCGCGGCUCCUUCGUUAUACAUACACCGCUGUAGGUUCGGGGCAACAUCGCCGGCCACAGACGAGCAUCUUCUCCGGCAAUGGAGAAUGUUUCUUCUUCUGCAAUCCUCUGUCUCUUUGCCCUACUCCUUGUUUCCCCUGCUCGUUCACGGGUAAUUCCAGGGGACGGCGCUAUAACGACGUGGUUCCACGUGCCUUCUUCGAUCCAGAAGUCUCUCGCCGUGUUCCCCGCCUAUUCUCAGGGAGAGAGUUCUCUUGAAGGCCAGAAACAGCGCUCUCAUUCUUCCUCUGCGUUCUCUCUCCCGCUGCAUCCCCGGCUGUCAGUUCGGCCAACCUCCGAGAGGGAUUACAAGUCGCUGACGCUGGCUCGACUGGAGCGUGACUCGGCCCGAGUGAAGUCGCUUCAGACUCGGCUAGAUCUGGCGGUUAUUGGCAUCUCAAGGUCAGAUCUGAAGCCCGUGGAUGAGGAGCUGCAGGAUGAGAAGCUGGAGGGGCCCAUCAUUUCGGGAACGAGUCAGGGAAGCGGGGAGUACUUCUCCCGAGUCGGAAUCGGCAACCCGCCGAGUGAGGUCUACAUGGUGCUCGAUACCGGAAGUGAUGUCAACUGGCUGCAAUGCUCUCCUUGUGCGGAUUGCUACCAGCAGGCCGAUCCGAUCUUCGAUCCGGCCAAUUCUUCUACCUACUCGCCGCUCACCUGCGAUGCCGAACAGUGCAGAUCCCUGCAAGUCUCGGAGUGCCGGAACAACUCGUGCCUCUACGAGGUGAGCUACGGCGAUGGAUCGUACACUGUCGGCGACCUCGCGACGGAGUCCGUAACCUUCGGAGGAUCUGCUUCCGUUAACGGCGUCGCGAUUGGCUGCGGGCACAGCAAUGAAGGGCUCUUUGUGGGGGCCGCCGGCUUGAUUGGCCUCGGCGGUGGCCCAUUGUCGUUUCCUUCUCAGAUCAACGCCUCCUCUUUCUCAUACUGCCUCGUGGACCGUGACUCGGACUCGUCAUCAACUCUCGAGUUCGACUCGGUCACACCGCCUGACGCCGUGACUGCUCCGUUAGUCCGGAACGCGAAGCUGGACACGUUCUACUACGUCGAGUUGACGGGGGUUAGCGUCGCCGGGAAAUUGAUCGACAUGCCUCCAUCUCUGAAUCUGAAAGAUAACGGCGACGGCGGAGUUAUCGUUGAUUCGGGGACGGCAGUGACGCGGUUGCAGACGGAUUUCUACGAUUCCGUCAGAGACGAGUUUGUUAGGGGGACGGGCCACCUGAGGGGGGCAGGCGGCGUCGCAUUAUUCGACACGUGCUUCGAUUUGUCGAACCGGGCGAGCGUGGAAGUGCCAACGGUGUCGUUUCAUUUUUCGAACGGGAAUAAGUUGCAGUUGCCGGCGGAGAAUUAUCUGAUCCCGGUGGACUCGUCGGGGACUUAUUGCUUCGCCUUUGCACCGUCGUCGUCUUCCCUGUCAAUCAUAGGAAACGUGCAGCAGCAAGGGACACGUGUCAGUUUCGACCUUGCCCGUUCUCUCAUUGGAUUCUCUGCCCAUAAAUGUUAGCUAGUGAGUGAAGUGUUUGUUGGUUGAACUUGUUUUUAUUAGGAGUACUAGCUCCAUUAAUUAUGCAUUUGUUUUUUAUUCACUUUUCCUUUUCUUUAACGGUUAGACCCUCCCUUUCCUUGGUGGCUUGGUGGGCAAAAUUUCAAAAAAAUCAUUGUUCAUAAAAUUCAAAUUUACAAAAAGUACUUUUUUAUGGAACAAUUAGUAAAAUGACAGUUGCAAA